AUGACCAAUCUUCAAUUAGCUUUGUAUGGGUUUUCACCAUCUCAGCGAAAUUUAGAGCCUGCUGGAUUAUUUUAUGAAACUCGUUUGAUUCGUGAUAAAUUGACAUUAGGAUUAUGCACAUUGCCGAUUUACAAAAAUUCUCCUAGUUUGGAAAAGAAAGUAGAAGUAACUACUUCUGAAGAACCGGUUGUUGUUGAAUUGCGGAAAGAGUUAUUUGACGCUGAUAAUGAAAAAUAUGAGAAAUACUUGAUGAAAUUGGAUCCAAAUGAUACCAAAAAUCAGGAUCAUUAUAAAGUUUUAGGAUUAUCCAAAUUGCGUUUCCAAGCUACAGCUGAUGAAAUUAGAUAUUGCUGUAAGUUGGAAAAUCAAAAAAUAUUUUUUAUAAUGUCAACGUUUUGUUUUCAGAUCGGCAAAAAGUUCUUAAACAUCAUCCAGACAAAAAGAAGCAUCGUGGAAUUACUCUAGAAAAAGAGGAAUAUUUCACAUGUAUCACCAAAGCUUAUGAACAAUUAGGAAUGGGUGAAGCAAAAAGACAAGCUUUCGAUUCCGUCGAUCAUAAAUUCAACGAUCAAUUGCCAAAUGAAAAAUCGAUCAAUCAUUCGAACUUCUUCACUGAACUUGCUCCAGUAUUUGAAUUGAAUGCUAGAUGGUCGAAUAUUCAACCAGUUCCAAAGCUUGGAACUAAUGAAGCUACUCGUGAUCACGUUGAAACCUUCUAUGAUUUCUGGUUCAGUUUCUCUUCAUGGCGUGAGUUUUCGUAUUUGGAUGAAGAAGAUAAAGAAAGAGGAGAAGAUCGUUGGGAAAGAAGAGAAAUGGAGAAACAAAAUAAAGCUGAACGUGAAAGAAGAAGAAAGGAAGAAGGAAAAAGAAUCAGAAAAUUGGUUGAAAUGGCUUAUGCUAAAGAUCCAAGAAUUAUUCGAUUCAAAAAAGAGGAACAAGCGGUUAGUUUUGAAAGAAAAACAUGAAACAAAUAAUUGAUUGAUUUUCAGAGAAAAGAUAAAGCAAAAGAGGAUAAGAAAAGAGCUAUACUUGAAAAGCAAGAAGCAAUUGAACGCGAAAAAAGAGAAAAAUUAGAAGCUGAACAGAAAAUCAAAGCUGAGCAAGAUCGAAUUGCGAAAGAAGAAAGAGAUCGUGAAAAGAAGGAACGAGAAGUUCUGAAAAAGGCAACAAAUCAACAAAAGAAGCGACUUCGACAACUUGCAGAUGCUGCUGGACAUUGGACUGAAGUUUCCAGUGAAAAAUUAGCAGAAAUGGAGAGAAUUGAACGAGUGAGUUGAUUGUAUUUCAGAAAAUUUGAAUAGAAUCUCAAAAAAAUGUGAAUUUAUUUCAGAUCUGUCUUGGUUUUUCAUUGGAUCAAUUGAAAGAUCUUUGUGAACGCAUUGAAAGUUUGAGCUUUGCUGCUGAUAUUCAACAAACACUUGGAGAUGCUGAAAUUGCUAAGAAGAACGGAACACCAAUUCCAAAAAUGGAGGAGAAAAAUAAGGAGAAUAAAGAGCAGGAAAAAGUUGAGACUUGGACAAGUGAAGAGAUUCAAUUACUUGUGAAAGCAUCGAAUACUUUCCCACCGGGAACUGUUGAAAGAUGGAUUCAAAUUGCUGAUUAUAUUAAUGAACAUCGGAAAGAUCAAAGUUUGCCAAAGAAAAAUGAGAAACAAGUUAUAAGACAGGUGAGUUAAUGAAUUUAUUUCGAUAAAUAGAAUUGGUCAUUUUUAUUGUGAUAUUAUUUCAGUGCAAAGCUGUUCAAACAAUGAAUGUGAAAUUGCCGUCAACAACACAAAAUUCGCUUGGAACUGCUUUACCGGACGAAGAUGUUUGGUCUGCAUCAGAGCAAAAAUGUUUAGAAGAAUGUCUGAAGAAAUAUCCAACAACUGAUGAGGAUAGAUGGGAAAGGGUUAGUAACUUUUUCUAUGGGAAAAUUUUUGGGUUUUGUAAAAAACAAAAUUUGAGUUCAACAGAAUUUUUCUGUAGAUGAAUGCAUAAGUUUUGAAAUGAAAUUUCUUCUAAAAAUGUUUUUUUUUGUCUAAAUCAUUAUUUUGCAGAUCUCAACUGAAAUUGGCACAAAAUCCAAAAAAGCGUGCAUUCGUCGAUUCAAAUAUCUUGUCAAUUUGGUCAAAAAUAAGAAGUAG